AUGGGCUUGGAAAAGUGUCGAGCACAGGCACUUAAUCCUGCAACAACCACAGAAUUCUUCAAGUUACUUAAGGAGAUAUCAGAGAAGUACGACAUCGCACAGGAGAAUAUCUACAAUAUGGACGAAAAGGGGAUACAGUUGGGGAUAGGGAAACGUGUCCUGGCAUUGGUUGAUCGCGACCAAAAGGAAGUUUACCAGGUUGAAGAUGGGAAUCGCGAGCUGCCAGUAGCUGCAACACAGCCAUCCCUCCUAGUUUUGCGGGAGCACAACACUGCCGAUCCUAAUCCCAAUCCUGAGCCCGCAGAGCUACCUUUGACGGAGGUAACAAACACACAUGCGCGCCAAUUCCGGCUUGCAAGUAACACAAUGAUGAUGCCACGGCCAGCGGGAGCAUCUCGCUCAGCCCUGUUGCGAGAAAAUGCCGAACUUCGAAAGCUAAUGGAAAUGGCUGCUUUUCAAAUGGAAAAGGACUAUACGCAGAAAGUUCUCAUGGAUCAAGAAAAUGAGCGAAUUCGAGGACGUCUUUUUCAGAAGAUUAACAAACCAUUGAAGAAGCAGUCAAAUGCCUAUGCACGGCAUAUGACCUCAGAAGAGUCGUUACAGCAGCUGGCAGAGGAAGACUGGAAGGCGAAGAUGAAGAUCAUGUUCACAUCGCAUGAAUGGAAGGAGUGGAAGACAAAGUGUGCAACAAAACGGAAAGAGAUGGCAUUGGAGGAAAAGGAGAAAGAGAAGGAAGCGGGACGGGCAGAACGUGCUGCUCUAAAGGAGAAAAGAGCCAACAAAAAGGCAGAGGAAAAGACGAGAAAGGCGGAAGAAAAAGUGGAACAAGAAAGAGAAAAGGCCAUGGAAAAGGAACGAAAAGCAUUAGCAAGGACUCAUGCUAUGCAGAAAAAGAAGCAGGUGCAGGAAAGGGCAAAGAUGGAGAAAGCUAUCAGGAGCUUGGCUGCCAAAGAGGCGAAGGCUGCAGCUGCCGCAAAAUUGGCCAUGAAGAAGACCAGGUUGAGGAGCAGGAAGCAGACGCACACAGACAAUGAAGAAGGCAUCAAUGAUGAUAGCGCAGACACUCACGAUGGCAGAAAAGAAAUGGAUCCCCCAGGAGUAUUACCAACAUCUUCACCUGUCCCAUCAACGAUGCUAAAGCCCAGGCCACGUCCACGGCCCCUACACCGUGUUGCAAUCAUGUCUGGUAGCCAACCAACAUCUCCUACAUCUCUGGUACUUCAGCACCUGCCAUCCACACAAAAAGGACCACCCAAGGCCAUAUUGACGCCGGAAUCAGAGGCUGAUGGUUCAUGUUCUGAGUCACUUGCUAGCAGCGGUCCAAGGCGGUCUUCACGGGCCAAAAAAGUGGUCAAAAGGUGA